AUGUCGUCAGAAGACAAGUACGAGACCCUGGAGAAGAUUGGCCAUGGCUCCUUUGGGGUGAUUCGCAAAGUACGCCGCAAGGCCGACGGCUUCAUCAUGUGCCGCAAGGAGAUCUCGUAUCUUCGCAUGUCCCAAAAGGAGCGAGAGCAGCUCCACGCCGAGUUCCAGAUCCUGUCGCACCUGCGCCACGCCAACAUCGUCGCCUACUACCACCGUGAGCACCUCAAAGCCAGCCAGGACCUGCACUUGUACAUGGAGUACUGCGGGAACGGGGACCUCGGACGGGUGAUCAAGGACCUGCAGCACAAGGGACAGAGGGCGCAGGAGAGCUUUGUGUGGAGUAUUUUCAGCCAGCUCGUCAUGGCGCUGUAUCGAUGUCACUACGGCGUUGAUCCGCCCGAGGCGGGCGCCAACGCACUGGGCUUGACGCAGGGCAGCGCAAACGGGACGCCAAAGGUGCCUGCGGGCGCCAUGACGAUCCUCCACCGGGACUUGAAGCCUGAGAAUGUCUUCCUGGGAGAAGAUAACUCGGUCAAGCUGGGAGAUUUCGGGCUGUCCAAGAUGAUCAAGUCGCAUGAUUUUGCGUCCACGUACGUCGGGACGCCGUUCUACAUGUCUCCUGAGAUUUGUGCGGCGGAGAAGUACACUCUGAAGUCGGACAUUUGGUCACUCGGAUGCAUCAUUUACGAGCUCUGUGCGCGGGAGCCUCCUUUCAACGCAAAGUCACACUUCCAGCUGGUGCAGAAGAUCAAGGAGGGCAAGGUGGCCACGUUACCGGAGAUAUACUCCCCCGAACUGAAUCAGGUCAUUCGAGAUUGCCUGAAGGUGAAUCCGGACCGGCGACCGGAUACAGUUCAAUUGCUCGAUUUGCCAGUCGUCAGGCUGAUGCGCAAAGAGAUGGAAGUCGUCGCCCUGAACAAAUCCUUGCGCGCAAAGGAGGACCUGCUGCAUCAAAAGGAAAAAGAGUUGAAUGAGAGACUGGCCAACCUCGGGCGCGAGAGACUAAUGAUUCGGGAAGAGAUUGAUUCCCAACUGCGCAGGGAGUGGGAGGUCAAGGCUCGGCUGGAGAUUGAUCGUCUCGCCAAUGCUGAGAUCGAACAGCUGCAACAGCGAUUUGAGGAGGAGAUCAAGGUGCGCGUCGAUGCCGAACUGCAAAAACUAAAGCAUGUCCAGUCAGAAGUAAUUCGUCCAGUCGAAGAUCAUGCGUCAUCCAUGGCUAGGUCAGAUUACCCGCAGUCGUUGAACGGCGGCAGCGGCGAUGAGUUCGCCUCAACAAAAGAUCUCACCGACUACUCUCUUGACAGUCCAGAGGCGUCCAAGGAUCUGAAGAGAGCAUCACGGACACCCUUCGGCCGAGCCCAGACAAUGCACGUUGGUCACGCCGGAACGCCAAUGGAUGUCGAAAUGGCUUCCCCCAGUCCCAUGGCCAUUGCCAAUCUUUCCCUGUCGCCCCGCCGUGGUGGAGCGACCAGAGCUCCUACGACUCACUCACGCAACAUAUUUGCAGCCAACGCGGACAAGACUGCUGAUUCUAGAUGGGACCUUCGCGAGCCGCUCCCCAUGGAAUCCGACGACGAGGACAUUGUCCCCUCACCUACGCGGAAUAUUCGCUCUGCCAAGAAUCCGUUUACUGGCAAGAAUCGGCCGGUUCUCUCCUCGCAAAGAUCUUGUCCCCUCAACCGCCCGAAGCCUCAGGCGUCGGCCACUGGAUUAGUCUCCAAGGCAGUCUCCGGUGCUCAGGCCGAGCCACGCCCGCGCUCACCAACUCGACCAAUCAGCAAGAUUCCAUCCAUGGCAGGUCUCCCAACUGAUGCAAGUGGCGGCCUGACGCGCAAACCUUCGGUCAAGAAGGAUGUCGGUGGCGGAGAGGCUCUGAGUAAGAUGGCGGCUAAGAACAACAUCAAGGGCAGAACGCUUGUUGAACUGCAACAAGCUCGCGCGGGUGGUCGUCCGAUGAGUGCAGCCGGUGGCGCUCUGGAGAAUGUCAGUCCUAAGCGUGCUACGUUUAAGGAGCGGGCUACUGAGAGAAGAGCGAGCGGAGACGGUGGCAGCAGCAGCAGCAGCAGCGGCGGCGGCGGCGGCGGCGGCAGCAGCAACAGCGGCAGCAGCGGCAGCAGCAGCGGCAGUGGCUGUGAGUCGGUUGCUAUUUGGGAUCCAGACAAAGAUGAGAUGCCAAGUCCCUUCUUGCCGAGGCAGAAGCGAAUAACCAAGGUAUAA